AUGACUAAACGUAAUAAUAAAGAAAUAGAAAUCGAAACAGGAUCGAAAAAAAAUCAAAGGACCUUACCGAGAAAGAGGAGAGAAAUAAAUAUUGAAGAAACUAAUCAAUUAUUAUUAGAUAUGAAUACCAGGCAAAAACAUAACGAAAGUGAAAAGGAAGUAAUAGUAGAAGAGGAUGUAAGGGAUAAAAGUGAAGAAGAAGAGGAGGAGGAAGAAGAAGAAGAAGAUGAUGAUAACGUCAAGUUAGGCGUGGCUAAAACAAUUCUGGAUCUGUUUCAGUUUUGUACCAAAUUAGACAUAUGUAACUGGCUUGUAAAAAAUCCAGAAAUCUUACGAUUAGCGAAUGAGAUGAACGAAUCAUCUUAUGUUGUUAGUUCAAAGAAUACUGAAGUUAGUAUUAAUACAAUAUGA